GUUUUCUUUGACUUUCGGGUCGAUGAAAGCUUGAGGAGUGCAUACACUUUCUGGCUUGAGUAGACACAAAGCACCGUGCUGUGGAGCAUGCUUGACCUCCAGGCCGAAAUGUCUCACAGCUCAGAUCAGGAUGGAGAGGUUGCUCUGGAAAAGGGCCCAUCUCAAUCUGUAUGUCCGCAAGGACCCUACGACGCUUCUGAUGAGACUUACCCGGAUGGGGGCCUUCGUGCCUGGCUCGUGGUACUAGGGUCGUGGUGUGCGAUGGUGCCUUCGAUGGGCUUGUUAAACACCAUCUCCGUCCUGCACGCUUGGACAUCCACCCACCAGCUGUCCAAUUACUCUGAAUCUAGCGUCGGCUGGAUUUUUGGGGUAUUCAGCUUCUUCCUUUACUUUGCGGGCGCCCAAGUGGGCCCCAUCUUCGAUAGUCGUGGACCAUUGCCAGUGAUUAUUCCAGGGUCCAUUGGACUCAUCGUAGCAGUCUUCUGCUUCAGUGCUAGCACAGAGUACUACCAAAUUAUGCUCUCAUUCAGCGUUCUCGGCGGACUAUCGUCCUGCUUGCUCUUCACGCCUGCGAUCUCUGCCAUCGGCCAUUGGUUCAAUGUCCGUCGGGGUCUCGCCACGGGCAUCGCAUGUACAGCCGGCGGCCUGGGCGGUGUUUUCUUCCCGCUGAUCAUCCUCUAUGUCGCGCCACAUCUUGGUUUCGCGUGGGCGCUACGCAUCAUCGGGAUCAUCUGCUUCGUACUGUGCGGGCUGGCAUGCCUGCUCCUCAAGACCCGCCUGAAGCCCGACCCGAGUCGCCACAUGGCCAUCGACAUCCACGCCCUCCGCGAACCCAACUACGCGCUUACGACCCUGGCCGUCUGGCUGGUAGAGUUUGCGGUGUUCGUUCCGUACACCUAUCUGUGCUCCUACGGCCUCUCCGCGAACCUCGGCGAAUCCAUGGCCUACAAGCUCUGCGUCUUUCUCAACGUGGGCGCCAUCCCCGGCCGUGCAUUGCCCGGGUUACUGGCCGACCGCAUCGGCCGGUUCAACGUCAUGGCCCUGACGGCGCUUGUCUGCGGCAUCAUCACCUUAUCUCUCUGGUACAAAGCCGGCACCAGCGAGGCCGCGAUCAUCGCGUAUUCGGUCUUGUUUGGGUUCUGGAGCGGGGCCGCCAUCAGCCUGACCCCGGUGUGUAUCGCGCAGGUCUGCCGGACCGAGGAUAUUGGCAAGAGGAAUGGAACGACGUUCACCCUCGUCAGCUUUGGGACCCUCACCGCCAUCCCGAUUGCCGGAGCGAUCCAGGAGAGCAACGGCGGUAACUUUGGAGGAUUAAUCAUCUUCGGGGGCGUGCUGUAUCUGGCGGCGUGUGCGGCGUUUGUGGUUGCUAGAGGGGUGGCGGGCGGCUGGGCAUUGAGGAUAAAAUUCUAAGCGAUGGGCCACUUUAUAGAUAUUUUUAUCACUGACGGACCACGAG